AUGGCCUCACCUGAACAAAGCUUUAGCCCACCAUCAUCUUCCCAUAUUCUGGACCAGACUCAUGGCCCACCUGGACAAAGCUACAGCCCACCGUCAAUGCUUAAUUUCCCAGACCAGAUUUUUAGCCCACCUGAACCACCAGCUUCAAUCAGUAUUAUGGCCCUCCUGAACAAAGUUAUGCCCUCCUCAACUUCUAACAUUCCAGAUAAGAAUCAUGGCCCACCGCCUGUGCCUAAGACCCCAGAAACGAGAUAUAGUCCCCUAGAACAAAAUAAUGUCCCUGCAACAAUAUCUCGGGCUCCUGAACAAGGUUAUGGGCAGCCAUUACCUACUAAGAUUCCAGAGGUUAGCCAUGGUCCAAGCAAGCAAUCUUUUGGCCCUCCAUCUAGCUCUGUAGAUCCUGAUCAGAAUUAUGCCCCACCAGAGCAGAAGUAUAACUCACCAUCUGUUUCCCAGAUACCUGAGAAUACUUAUGAUCCCACAUCUAUUUCUAAGGCUCCAGAGCAGAGUUAUAUCCCAUUAGAACAAACUCAUGCCCAUCAAUCUCUCGUUAGUGCUCCAGAGCAGACUUAUGGCCCACCAGAAAAUAACCACAACCUUCCGUCUACUUCUAAUCUGAUGAAAGUUAUGGUUCCUCCAUCUAUCCCAAAUAUACCGGAGCAAAGUUAUAGUCCACCAAAGGAAACUUACAGCCUACCAUCUAGUGCUAAAGCUCCUGACCGAAGUCACAGCUCUGGACAAACCUACAGCCUGCAGCAAGAAAGUUAUGACUCACGUGAACAGAAUCACGGCCCUCCCUUGAUUUCUGGAGUUCUGGGUCAGAGUCAUGGAGUUGGAGACCAAGGUUAUAGACCAAUUGUCAGUACCCAAAUACCAGAGCAAAAUUAUGGUCUCCCAUCCAGUUCUCUAAAAAACAAAGACCAAAGCUAUGGCCCACUAUCUAAUACCAAAAUUCCAUCUCAAAACUAUGGCCUUCCUACUGAUUCUCAGAUUCUGAACCAGAAUUAUGGUCCUGAUUCCAGUUUGCAAGUUUCAGGACAAAGUUUUGGCCUACCCCCCAGUUCUCAAGUUUCAGGACAAAGUUUUGACCCCCCUUCAAGAUUCUCAGGUUCUAAGGCCAAAGUCACGAUUUACCUGGCGAUUCGCAAGCUUCCAGACCAAGGCUUUGAUUCACCUUCAGAUUCCCCAAAUUAUGGUCUGCCUUCCAAUACUGAUAUUCCAGACCGAAGUCAUGGCCUUCCACUCAGUGCCCAAGCACCAGACCAAUAUUAUGGCCCACCUAUUUCCCAAGAGGAAGACCAGGAGUAUGAGUCACCUUCUAGUUCGCAAGUUCCAGGCCCAAUUUUUGGUCCACCUUCCAAUUCUCAGGUGUUACACCAAAGUUAUGGCCCAACCAAUUCUCAAGUUCCAGGCCUUGGUUAUGAGCCGCCGAUUAGUUCUAAGGUGCAAAGUCAGAAAGGUACACCAUCAUCAAGCAAUUCCGGAUCAGCACCUCCUGCCCGAAAGCCGUCACAGAAGCCAAUGCCGCCCGUUGUCGGGGGACCCCAUUCUUUCUUUGUAGCUGCUAAGCAUAAUUACGAUCUUGUCCAUGGGCAAAAAAGACCUGCCAAGCUAGAGGGCGAGCGUGGAAGAGGACCCGAGAAUUACGAUCAAGAGGCUUCUCCACAUCCCCCUGUUGGCGCUUCUUCUCAGACUUUUGACUCAAAGGAAGUUGGAGACCUGGAAGUAACUACGACACUUCACCCCAUGUAA